CCUUGCAGCAAUGCAAGUGGUAGCCACAAAUUACCAUUACAAGUGCUUGGCCGCGCAGCAAAUCCUAGAUGCUUUAAAACGCAAGGCGUGCCUGAUGGGAUACACUAUUUUUCAAAUAAGAAAGCGUGGCAAACUAGUGCGACGUUUACUGAUUGGUUCUACUCCGUCUUCGUUCCUGAAAUCAAACGGAAGGCAGCUGCACAGAAUAGACCGGCUAAAGCGCUUCUAAUUUUAGAUAAUUGCACCGCACAUUGCAGUAAAGAUAAGUUUCAAGUGGAUGACGCAGAAAUUCAGGUGAUCUUCCUUCCUCCAAAUGUGACAAGCAUUCUGCAGCCUAUGGAUCAAGGCAUCAUCAAUGCUUUUAAGGUUAUCUACAAAUCGAAUUUUCUGCACCGUGUUCUGUUGGAAACUGACAGCGAUUGUCCAGUCACAGAAGUUAUCAAAUCAUUUAGUCUUUAUGACGCUAUUCAACUAGCGACUGAUGCGUGGGCCACUAUAACUCCAGAAACGAUUGCUAACUGUUGGCGCAAUCUCUUAAGUGUCAGUCAAGAUCAAAACUAUAACUCGUUCAACGAUUUCACAAUUUCAUCACCAACAAGUGACCCCCGCGUGUUGCUUUCUAAAGUAGUGCAACUCGUUGAUCCAAACUACGUACUGACCGAAGAAGAAGUUCAAGAAUGGCUAAGCAACUCAGACAACAUAGAUGUAGCGCAAAUAUAUACCGACGAGCAAUUGACCCAGUAUAUUGCCUCUGGUGGUGACUUUUUCGAGGCCGACCAUAAAGAGCAAGAUUGCGAUGCUAACGAAAGUGCUGAGGGUGAUCUUAGUACUUCGGGUUAAAUGUACUCUUGGAGCAGUCAAUCCGAAAAACGCAAUG